CUGAUAAAGAACAUGCUUUGAUUUAUUGAUUAGUCUUACUUAAUUUGCUAUGCUUUGUCUAAAUUAUGCUUUGUCAGUUUCGUUUUUCAUUGCUUAACAACAUUGGGUCGACACCCGGCCCGAACUGGGUUAGCCUGUGACCCGCUAGUGCAUGAAAAACGGAACUGCAACCCUACACGUGAAGGUUCGGAUUGGGUCACGAGUUUCCUUAACAUUUUCUCGGUUUUUAGCAUCACCCCGCCCGACCCGACCCGACCCGACCAGUGACCCAGGAAUGCAACAAAAACUUGACCCAUGACCCGAGUCUUUUGCUCAUUUUGAGCUUCAUAAACUUUGGUUUGAAAGAGGCGGGCUCAUGACCGAGAUCAAAUUACUUGAUAAAAGAGUUGUUUUGGCACCACUAACAAGACAGGUCUUUUGGCAAUGUCCCUCAACCAAAGGAGGCCUACUCAUUUCUGAAGCAACCGUAAUUUCAGAAACUGCCCGAGGAUAAUUCUAUUUCUAUUACCAUUUUCGAUAAGUUUUAAUUUGUGACCAAAUAAUCCGUCUUUCAUUACAUGGUUACUUAUUUUAGCACUGAGUAUAGAGACACAAGGUUUCUUUAUACUCAGAAGGAUAUAUGAACCUGUGUGUUUGAUAUGAUUAAACAUUGAGAUGGAAGUAGUAGGCGUAGUAGUUUCUUGAUUACAGAUGGUGUCUUUUUUCAGCUAUCCAGACACACCGGGUAUAUGGACGAAGGAACAGGUUGAGGCCUGGAAGCCAAUCGUGGAUGCUGUUCAUGCUAAAGGCGGAAUUUUUUUCUGUCAAAUUUGGCAUGUUGGGAGGGUUUCAAAUACAGGAUUUCAGCCAAAUGGGCAAGCCCCUGUAUCUUCCUCAGAUAAAGAACUAAUGCCUCAAGUACGAAGCAAUGGCAUUGAUGUUGCACAAUUCUCACCUCCAAGAAAGCUAAGUACAGAGGAGGUUCCUGAUAUUGUUAAUGAUUUCAGAAUUGCUGCAAGAAAUGCAAUCGAAGCUGGUUUUGAUGGAGUUGAGAUCCAUGGCGCUCAUGGAUACGUUGACCAAUUUAUGAAAGACCAAAUAAAUGACAGAACCGACAAGUAUGGUGGCUCUCUAGAAAACCGUUGCAGAUUUGCUCUAGAAAUUGUUGAAGCCAUUGUAAAUGAAAUAGGAGCUGACAAAGUCGGGAUAAGAUUAUCCCCAUUCGCGAACUAUAUGCAGUCAGGUGACUCAGAUCCAAAUGCUUUAGCGCUUUACAUGGCUAAAUCUUUGGAUGCAUAUAAGAUUGCAUAUUGUCAUGUGGUUGAACCAAGAAUGAAAUCUGUUGGUGAAAAAGCUGAAUGCCCAGAUAGUCUUGUGCCAAUGAGAAAAGCAUUUAAAGGUACUUUUAUUUCUGCUGGAGGCUUUGAUAUAGAAGAUGGUAACAAGGCUGUGGCUGAAAACCGAACGGAUCUUGUUGCUUAUGGUCGUUUGUUUUUGGCAAAUCCAGAUUUGCCAAAAAGAUUUGAGCUUAACGCCCCACUUAAUAAGUACAAUAGGGAGACGUUUUAUACCCCUGAUCCGGUUAUUGGGUACACUGACUAUCCUUUUCUCGAAACCACAGUUUGAAUCUGUUAAAAUUUGACAAAACUCAUCAUAAGUUGGAAGCUUCAAAUUUCUUGUAAAACAUUUGGUCAAAUACCAUAUAGAGUAAUACAAUGGAUUAUGUUCAACCACUUCAACAGAAUCUUGUCUCCAAAUCUGA